UUUUGUUAUCAAAAUUUUACAUAACCUCUAAAAUAUUUUGUGAGCUUUCUAAAAAUACAUUUUUCCAGCCAAUUUAUAAUUAAGAGUACUGAAAAAGUAUUUAAAUCAAAUAUGCCUCCAAAGCAAGCAAAGAAGACGUUAUGGGUGGAUUGCGAGCGAUGUGGCUGCAGUAUAACCUCAAACGACAAAAAUGUUCAUAUUGAGCUGAACUGUGAAAAGAAUCAGCUGAAGUGUCCGUACGUGGAGAAUGGGAAGCUACACUCGUGGCUAGUGCGGGGCGCUGCACCGCCCGAGGGUGUCCCCAGAGACGCAGUUUUGAUUCACCCCUCGGCCGGUACUUUAGUGGGGGCAGUAAUAGGUGGGCCACUGGAACUCAGCAGGGAUGGAGCGCCGACCCUCGUCAAACGCAUGUGGCCUUCGAAGACGUCAGCGCCGGCAGCCGUCAUAUUACCUGUAGCUGACUUGACCGGAGCUUGGAACAGUGACAACAAAAAGAUUACAGUAUCAGUUGUACAAGGAGACAUACCAAAAGCAUCUUACUUAGCAGUCAAAGUCAAGAACCACAAAAUAGACCAUGAUAUUUCUGAUAUCUUAAAACAGCAGUUUCAAAAUGAUUUUGUGUGUGUGGGCAGCGUUUUAGUUUACUACUACUUUGGCAAAAAGUUGGAAAUACAAGUAGUAAAUGUGAAAUCAGAGGAACACAAUGAAAAGACAAACAAAACAUGGUUUGCGUUAAGUGACAAAACUGCAUGGAAUAUGGACAAAGAUGUCACACAAAAAGUAAAGAAGAAACCUAUUUGUUUAGGUGGAGUUGAUGACAUAUUGGAUGAAGUAAAAACUCUCAUUAAAAUUUCCUUUGACCCUGAAUUGGCCGCUGCUUUUCAACCCACAAGAGGUUUACUGAUUCAUGGCCACUCUGGUAUAGGAAAAACAGCAAUUUGCAAGUAUUUGAUAGAAAACAGUAAUUGUAGUUUUACUGAGAUCAAUGGCCCUGCUGUAUUCAGCAAAUACUUUGGGGAAACAGAGUCAUCAAUUAAAACUCUUUUCUCAAAAGCCAUUGAAAAUGAACCAAGCAUUAUACUGGUAGAUGAGAUUGAAACAAUCUGCCCUAAAAGAUCUUCUGGGAGUACUGAGCAAGAGAGAAGAGUGACUUCUGCAUUUGUGUCCCUCUUGGACAGUCUUCAUUCAGAAAACAAUAGAGUAUUCAUAUUGGCAACCACAAGGAAACCAGAUGCAAUAGACCCCAUGCUAAGAAGGUUUGGGAGGUUAGAUAAGGAGAUAGAAGUGCCUAUACCUGAUAGAGUAAGAAGAAAACAGAUUUUGUACACCUUGCUUGGGAGUCUACCAAACAAAGUGUCUAAUCAACAAAUAGAUUCAAUAUCAGACUUGGCCCAUGGGUAUGUUGCUGCAGAUUUAGUGAACCUGUGUACACAGGCUUCAAUGAAAUGCAUAAAGAGGGGUAGCAAUGUGAUAGAACAUGAAGAUUUGAUAGCAGCUUUGACAAUAGUCAGGCCAAGUGCUAUGAGGGAGCUACUGAUUGAAGUUCCCAAUGUGAGAUGGAGGGACAUUGGGGGGCAGGAUAACUUGAAGCUAAAGCUACGCCAGGCUGUGGAGUGGCCUUUGAAGCACGCGGAGAGCUUCCGCCGCCUCGGCAUACAGCCACCGAGAGGCAUCUUGCUGUACGGCCCGCCAGGAUGUUCAAAAACUUUAAUAGCAAAAGCACUGGCCACUGAAAGUGGUUUUAACUUUUUGUCCAUCAAAGGUCCAGAGCUGUUCUCCAAGUGGGUCGGCGAGUCUGAGAAAGCCGUGAGGGACCUAUUUACAAAAGCGCGGCAGGUGGCGCCCUCUGUAAUCUUCUUCGAUGAAAUGGACGCAAUAGGAGGGGAGAGGAGUUCGGGAGAGGCGGGCGUGCACGAGAGAGUUUUGGCUCAACUGUUGACGGAGUUAGACGGCGUAGUGCCUCUCAAUUCUGUGAUCAUUUUAGCUGCAACCAACCGUCCCGAUAAAAUCGACAGGGCUCUGCUAAGACCGGGGCGUUUGGAUCGACUGAUAUACGUCCCGUUACCAGAUUUUGAGACCAGGCUGCAGAUUCUGGAGCUGAAAAUGGAGAAUAUGGGUACCAGUGAUGAUAUUAACCCUCACGAGCUGGCCGUGAGGACUGAUGGUUUCUCGGGCGCCGAGUUGGAGUCUCUGUGCCACGAGGCGGCGCUGCGGGCGUUGGAGAAGGACCUCGAUUGCCCGGCGGUCACCAUGGAACACUUUGAACAUGUCUUGCGGGACUAUAAACCUAGAACUCCGGCUUCGUUACUGAAAGUAUAUGAAGAAUUUGCUUUAGGACAAAAGUCUGGAUAAAGCCAUAAUUUUCUAAGUAAAAACAUAACGUUUUCCACUAACUUAUUUUAUACAUGUUUUAUAUUUUUAAGAUCAAUAAAAGUGUUAUAAUCUGUUUCAUAA